GCAAAAUGUAUGAUACUCGGUAGAAUUAGUAUAAAAGUAAACGAUUGCGAAUGGUAUCAAUAUAAGAAUUGAUUAUGUAGAAGGGAAUCAAAGGUAAAGAAUUAAUAAAUUUAAAAGUAAGAGAUAUGUUAUCAAUCGAUUUUAAUUGUCCGAUAUUAAUGAUACGUAUUAGAGUGAAAUAAAUGAAAAGUGAAGAUUAGUAAUUAAGACUGAAAAGAUUGAAUAUAUAAGCCGCUAAUUAAACACUCUGAAAUCCAUCAUAAGUGUUAUAGUAUUGAUAUGGUAAGUAAGUAGGUUCAGGUUGGUUUAUCAUACCCUGAUUAUUUUCUAUAUUAACCGAAGGAACUUGAUACCGAAAUUGACUCUCAGUGGGGGUCUUGAUGUUAUCCAUAGGAAUAGGUGGCGGCUGAUAAGCAAAUUGACUCUCAGUGGGCGUCCUGAAAUCAUCUUCGCAUAUAUCGCCUACCAUCGUUGGAAUUGCGUGUGUUUCCACUGUGUAUGGUAAUGGUUGUAAACGAUUGUCGUCAAAGGAAGGUAAAGAUUGAGCCGUCCGUGGUACAGCAUAGUUAUAGUCCAAGUCUAGUCUUUCAGUUGGGUUUUCUAUUGGAUCAUACGUCGUCAUACUGUAAGUCGGUAGAGAACUUCCAUAGAAUGAAGAAUUUCCAUUCAAAUUCAAGCAACUUGGAGUUUCAGAUCUAUGCCGACGCAUUGGUCCAGAAGAUGGUUCGUAGGAUUGACUGAAUGGAAGUAAAACUUGAUGAUCGAGUAUAUGAUUAGGAGAGUCAGUCCAAUGAGUGGCUGUUGAAGGUCUAGAUGAAUAAUGACUGGCCGAAUCUGAACUCGCUAUUGAAGACAUAUACGUCGAAGAGCAUUCUGAAUACGCAUCCGAAGAAUCCGUAUACAUAACUGGUUUACUAACGUUGGAGUUAUGUGUCCGGAAAUGAACGGCCAAAUUGUCCGAUCUUGUAAAGGACUUAUGGCAUAUUUCGCAUACGUAUGGCCGUUCCUUCGUGUGUGACCGCUUGUGCCUUCGAAGAUGUUCAUCUCGCUUAAACGCUUUGUCGCAAAUAUCGCACUUGAACGCACGCUUUUCGGAUAAAUUGAUAUUAUCAAUCUCGUUCAACAGUGAAAUAUCAUCUUUCUCGUUUCUCACAGCCGAGCGCUUUUGGAGUAGCUUUUUUAGUGAUUUACCCUGCUUGUAGAAUUCAGAACCGUUAUUGAUACGAAGGAGGAAUAUAUCAGCGAGACCUUGGUCAUAGAAUUGUUGUUUUAAUGAUACAUCGCGGUCGUACCUCAAUGCAAAACUGGCUGGGUCAAUAGCCGUCGAUGUGCCGGGAGUACCAGCUGCUUCACGCUUCAAAUCACGCUCUAAAGCAUCUAGAAACAUUCUAUCAUGUGGAACUGAAUGCCAUUUGAACAGUUUCUGCUUUUUUAGCGUUCGUAAUGCUCCAAAACGAACGAGCAAAUCGAGUAAAGUACUACCAUUGUAUUCUAUAACACUGUCUAUGCCAAUUUUGAGAUUCCUCAAAUCAGAUGAGAUCCCUUCGUUGAAUUUACGCUUGUCUGUUAUAAUUCUCCCCAAUUUACGCACUUUAAAAGAGAUUAUUUUGUAGAUAUCAGGGCCAGUAAUGAAAAAGUCGUCCGAAUAUCUAAUACAGCUUAUGUAGACAUCAUCCAACUUGUACCUGUGUAUAAUCCUAUGUGGGUGGAGAUCGUCUGUUUCUUGUUCGCUGUUGAACUUGUUUGGUGCGUCUAUUAAGAAAGCGUUUAAGCUUAAAAUCGGACCAGCGAUUUCUGUCUCCAUUUCUAAUGGUUUCUCUAUGGGCUCCAGGCCAGUAUGACUUCAGUGUUGGAUGUAGUGGUGCAACGUCCAUGACGUCUCUAUCGAGCCAAGAUGAAUACGCGGAAGUUGAACUUUUAGAGCAGAAUUUACUAAAAGUUAAGAACCUCACGACGUCAAUGUCGUCUAUUUUGCAGAAUUUGGACGCACGCUUGGCUAGACUUGAUAAUUCUGUGAUUCCGCUGCAGUCGUCUACCAAUGGACUGGACGUUCUAUCUAAUAAUAUCCAAUCAGCCCUGAAUUUAGUCGACAACGAUCAGAGACAGUCUACAAUCGCAAGAGAAGACGAGACCGUGAUAAACGAUGGCGCAGAUCCUAGUGAUAUCAGACCAUACUUAAAAGUUGUCAGCAAUCUUUCUUCUCAGCUCGAAUACUUGAAGCACUCCCAGUGGUCUUCGUCUAGAGAUUCUAUUCGGGAAAUUACCGGUAUGGUAGAGAAAGGUGUACGCUCCCUCCUCAGAGUUUUCGAAGGCUGGGUGCGCGAUGUUAGCAAACCCGUCGAUGCCGAAAAAUGUCUCAGCAAGGGUUUCGCUGAUUUCCCUGAUAUCCCUCAGCAUGCAAUGACUCGUUUAACAGCUUUCGUCGAGGCUGUAUCACCCAUCAUCAAGACAUUACCUCCACCAUCGUAUACUCACCCUUCAAUUAUAUAUGCUAGUGAGCGUGCAAGGUAUUUCAAUGUCUCGCUCCAGCCAUUCUACAAGCAAGCUGAAUCCUCACUCAAUUCAUACGCUAAAUCAGGCCCAUUGGGUGCUUCUAUAUAUGCUAAAGGCUCACAGAGAGUGACAGCUCUCAUUAACGGUGCAACCGCAUUGGCUGACGUUGAAUGGCAAUCUGCGACCGCAUUAUUUGGCGAAAAUGGCGAUGCUAAUAAACCAUUCUUGACAGCCGUUGCCCCUGCAAUUACUCUCCUCCAGAGUGCCACAUCGAACGUUUUUUCUUUGGCUAAAUCUAACCCCCUUAGACACAUAUUUGCGGUUCUUGAUUUGCUGGAUACUCUUGCACCAUUUGCUGAAAAGUGGGAGAGGAGUAUUACGAGGAGAUCUACACAGUCCAGCAAGAAUGAGGUCACAGCUUUAGUUGAAAACGCCAGAUCAAUAACUUUAAGGAGUUUCCCCGAUAUUAUCAAAUAUAUCAAGAGCCACACAGGUGAAGAAAAGCAUUCGACGUCUGUCUCAAAUGUCACUAAUGAUACCGUAACUUACCUCAAGGAGAUACUCAUCUAUGGAGACACGGUUGAACGAAAUCUCAAACGCCUUGGUGAUGGUGGUUGGAAUGUAUCAUCUAAAGUAAUGAGAAACGUACCGACAGAUGGCGAGACUCUUCUUGAAAGAUACCUCAGAGAUGUUCUAUUUAGUUUGAUAUCAUCACUGACUAGAGUAAAGUCUAGCGCGUACUCUUCAAUCUACGUUCUCAAUAACCUCUCACUCCUUCGUCGAGAUUUAAUAGAAGCCUGCGAACCAGUCUCACUCGAUCCAAGCAAGACAGAUUCGCCAUCCAAUCGUGACAUAGGUGAUUUAUUAGGUGAGCCAGCUGAGGAUGAACUUAACGCAGCGUUCAGAUCAGCGCGUAUCAGCUACCUAGACACUGUCUGGAAGCCUGCACUUGUGGCACUGACGUCGGAUGAGCUGUCGACAACGUCGCAAGGACCACACGUACCAACUGCAUUGGGAGGUAGUGCCGAAAAGAAGCAACUUAUCAAAGACAAAUUUAGUAGGUUUAAUGAUGCCUUCGCUGCUCUCGAGAAAUUGCAUAAUCGACACCCUGUCGGAAAGCGUGAUUCACAAUUGUCAACGCGUCUAAACAAAGAGGCAAAGGCUAUGAUUCUCCCGCCAUACGCGACACUCUGGGGUAAAAACCAGAGUGGUGACUUUGCGAAAACACCUUCAAAGUAUAUGAAGGUAACGCCAGAUCAGUUAGAAGGACGCAUAGAUAAGCUUUUCAUGUAAAAUAAAUGUAAACUAUAAAUAAAAAUCGC